AUGCUCAUCAUCGGCCUCACCGGCUCCAUAGCCACUGGCAAAUCCACCGUCUCCUCCAUCCUCUCCUCCCCACCCUACUCCCUCCCCAUAAUCGACGCCGACAUUCUCGCCCGCAAAGUCGUCGAACCCGGCACAGCCGGCUACAAAGCAAUCGUCAACUAUUUCGGCCCCAGCACACCAGAUCUCCUCCUCGAAGACACACCCAACCCCUCCCCAAAUGGCAAACCCUUGAACCGACCCGCGCUCGGCCGGCGCGUCUUCGGCGACACGGAGGAACGCAAACGCGAUCGCCAAGUGCUGAAUGGGAUUAUCCAUCCCGCCGUGCGCUGGGAAGUCUACAAAUCCUUGAUCUACCACUACCUUCGUGGGCAAUGGGCGAUCGUCCUCGACGUGCCCCUACUCUUCGAAAGCGGCAUGGAUCUCAUCUGCGGCACGGUGAUAGUCGUCGGUGUCCACGAUCCAGCUGUGCAGAUGGCCCGUCUCCGCGCGCGAGACGCCCAUCUCACCGCCGAAGACGCAGAGAACCGCGUCCGCAGCCAGGGCGAUGUCCGGACCAAGGCUGCGCAGGCUGAGUUCCGAGGGACGGUGACUGCGCGCGGCGUCGUGGUGUGGAAUGAUGCGGAUAAGGUGCAAUUGGAGGCUGCCGUGAAGGGGGCGAUGGCGAGUAUUGCGGCGUCGAGUCCGAGGUGGUGGGCGUGGGCGUUGUUGAUUGCGCCGCCGGCGGGGAUGGGGGUUGCGGCGUGGAAUUUGGUGGUUAAUUUUGCGACGCAGAAGGGGUGGGAGAAGAGGAAGAGAGAGGAGAAGGCGAGGUUGUGA